AUGGCUAGUCACCGGAAUCGUAACGCCUGGAAAAAAGUACAAGGUUUAUUAGCAGGCGGUGUCAACAAAUCUAUCGAUCAGAUUAAAACUAGACAUAGAACAAUAAAACAAUCGUAUACCAAAUGUACAGACAAUAACAAACGUACAGGAGCAGCUCGAAAGACAACAAAAUAUUUCCAAGAUGCUGAGGAAUUGUUCAGUGGAAAAGAUCCAAGAUCAGAUGAGAACAUUGAAAGAAUGUAUGAUGAACCAUUUACACAAGAAACAGUUGAACAAUCGUCCCCGACUACUCCUUCGCCAUCGAUUCUUCAACAAACAAGAAAUGAUUCAUCAUCUCCUCGAGAAGUUGAAUCAAUAUCAUCAAGUUCACCGAUAUCAACAAGACUUAAACGUGAAAAUAAUGCAGAGGCAUCUACCAUCAAGACAACGAAGAAAAAGAAAUUAUCACCAGGAGAGAAAUUCUUGAACGGGUAUUCUCAAAUUCAAUUACAACUUGAAGAAAGAAGGAUGAAAUUCGAAUUCGAAAUGGAAGCAAAACGAUUAGAAGAAGAGACAAAAAGACGAAAACAAGACCAGUGA